AUGCAUUCCGAAAAAAUUAAAAUUGAAGAACAUUUUAUUAAAUUCUUAGAGAUUCAUUCAUCGACUGGAGAAAAUAUUAGUUUGACUAUUCUUUCAGAAUUAGAUAAAAUUGGUUUAAAUAUAGAAGAUUGUAGAGGGCAGGGAUACGAUAACGGUGCUAACAUGAAGGGCAAGUAUAAAGGAGUACAAGCAAAAAUUCUUCAAAAAAAUCCAAAAGCAUUUUUCACUCCAUGCGCUUGUCACAGUCUAAAUCUGCUAUUAGGAGAUAUGGCAAAAUGUUCUCCAAUUAGGUGGUCUAUUUUAAUAAAAAAUAUUCCUAAUUGUACAGUAAAACGAUUAUCAGAAACUAGAUGGGAAAGCAGGAUUGAGAGCGUAAAACCUAUAAGAUAUCAUACUGCCUUAAUUAGAGAUUCUCUUUUAGAAAUAGCUGAAACUACAAAUGAUUCUACUAUAAAAAGUGAAGCUGAAUCACUUGCGUUAAAUGAAUUGGAAAAUUUUGAAUUUAUUGUGAGUGUAGUGAUAUGGUAUGACCUUCUUCUAUCAGUUAAUAGUAUUAGCAAACUAUUACAGUCAAGUGAUAUGAACUUGGAUGUCGCAGUUAACGGUUUAAAAGGUCUACUAAAGUUUUUGAAAAAUUAUAGAGAUACUGGAUUUACUUCUGCAAUAGUUGAUGCAAAAGAGAUUGCAACUAUUUUAAAAAUUAAUCCUGUGUUUAAAGAGACAAGGACUCGAAAAAUAAAACGAUUAUUUACUUAUGAACAAGAUGAUGAACCAAUCAACUUGAAUAAGACACCAGAAGAAAAAUUUAAAAUUGAAUAUUUUUAUCAAAUUGUAGAUACUGCUAUACAAUCUAUGGAGUUACGUUUUCAACAAUUUGAAGAGUAUUCUAAUAUGUUUGGGUUCUUAUAUUCUCCUGAAAAAUUACGUAGUAUUAGUGAAAAUGACUUAAUGAAAUGCUGUUUUGAUUUGGAUAUUUCUCUGAGGGAUGAAAUGUAUGAAGAAGAACCCGUAUUGACUCAGAUUAUCCAACAAAUAUAUGCAGAAAUUCCUAAUGAAGUAAAUCAUGACAUUAGCGUUGAAGAAGAUAAAGGUAAAUAA